UACGGUGAGACUACGCAUUAUGCGUAGGAAUCGAUCGCAAAACAUUUCCUGGAUCCUAUUUCGGCGUUGAGAAGGUAAAUACUGUCAGUGACUACAGAUGAUCACAGGUCCCCCCCUCCCCAACAGCACAGGCUAUCAGGCAAAUGGUAGCCGCUGUGAGUCGGGCGAAGAGCGAGAGACCAAACCCGGAGGAUUUCGGACAGAUGGAAUAGAAAGAAUGCUGCUCUCUCAAAAUGCAGCACAGUAGACGGAUAAGCUGACCAAACAAAUAUACAGCAAACUUUCAGCGCUGAUUAUGACGCUGGGGUUUAAAUAAUAUGUUUUAAACUGUCCGAGAACUGACAAAAUGCAUGUGCAAACUGAUCAGCUGGAUUGUUGAAAUGACUUGGUCGGCGCUGACGCUGUCUGAUGGCUCAAACUGCAUAAUAGCCAAAUGGCAUUUUAUUUUGCGUCGACUUGACGUUUGGAUCUCCAAUAGUGGAUCAGUUGUCUAGCUAAAAGUUCGGAUGAAAGUAAACACCUGGUGCAAUGUUAAACUACAUGGUCCGGAGCGUAAUGUACUGUUCGUGCUGAAGCGUAUGGGUCCUGCGUACUCAAGCUCCCGACUCCCACACAAAAAGGAUUGUCUCUGUUGCGGGGGGUGCAGUGCAGUAGCUGUCACAGCUCCACAUCUGGCUACUGACUGGAUAGUUAACUAGCUAGCUAGCUAACUGUUUUUCCUCUUGGGAAGCUAGUGAGGUUGAAUGAGUUUCUGCAUCAUUCGAGAGAAAGAUUGCUUUGUGAAAUCACCUCGGUGGUUAUCGUGUUCCGAAGGGACCUGUAUUUUGGACAAUAUCUGAGAUCAAUCGAACAGUUUGAAGUGAUUCACGGCUGUCUUCUUAGCGAAAACACAUAAGGACUUUGCGUAAGUCACGUAUUUUUAAAGGUAAAGAUAGGGUGACAUUGCAGUCUCAUCAUAUUGGAUAUAACGUCGCCCGACAAAAAAAAAGUGAAAGUGGGGCAUUGUCCGUCACACGUAUUAACGCAGUGGGAUUUGUACGUCUGGUCGGCGUUCCCCCCCACCCUUCCCUUGGUGACGGUGAUGGGUCGGAAGCGGUGUGUCGGUGCAGAUUGUUCCAAGAUGGCGGCCGGGUGCUGCGGGGUGAAGAAGCAGAAGCUGUCGGGAUCCCCCGGGUCGGGGGGUCCUGGCGGGGUGGGGGCGGGAAACGGAGUGGCAGGGACCGGACAUUGUGGAUCGGACUUGGGGAUUGGUUCCUCCUCGACUGUGGCGGCAGGGAACAUGAAUCGAGUGAACGGCCUGGGGUGUCCUGGGGGUAGUAGUAGUAGCACCAACGCGUUGUCCCCAACCCCGGGAGGCUACAACUCAACUGGCCUCUCCCCGAAUCUAAGCCCGGGAUCUGGUUCGGGAAGUGGAGGCAGGAAGAUGGUUGUUUCGGCGGAGAUGUGCUGCUUCUGUUUCGACGUGCUUUAUUGCCAUCUGUAUGGAUACCAACCUCCCCGAACACCUAGGUUUACAAACGAUUCCUACCCGCUGUUUGUCACAUGGAAAAUAGGCAGAGACAAGCGGUUGAGGGGAUGUAUAGGUACAUUUUCUGCCAUGAACCUCCACCCAGGACUCAGGGAGUACACCCUUACCAGUGCCCUUAAAGACAGCCGCUUUCCCCCCGUGACGAGGGACGAGCUGCCACGCCUCUUCUGCUCGGUGUCUCUGCUCACCAACUUCGAGGACGUCGGUGAUUACCUUGACUGGGAGGUGGGUGUUCAUGGCAUUAGGAUAGAGUUUUUCAAUGAAAAAGGAUCAAAGCGUACCGCCACCUACCUACCAGAGGUCGCAAAAGAGCAAGGAUGGGACCACAUUCAGACCAUAGAUUCCUUACUACGAAAGGGAGGCUACAAAGCUCCCAUCACAAAUGACUUCAGGAAGACCAUUAAGUUGACCAGGUACCGUAGCGAGAAGAUGACAAUGAGCUAUGCUGAGUACAUUGCCCACCGCCAGCACCAUCACUACCAGAACGGCACCGGGCACCCUCUACCCCCAUACAACCAUUAUUCCUGACAGCGAGCCGCAUGACCAAUCACUGGACCUCUCUGCGGACCUUUUCCCAGGAGAGCCCGCCCCCUCCUGGUCUAGUUAUCUCUACUACUGUACCAUUUUAUGAUGAUAGUUUCCGUUGCCAUGCUGACGCUCUCCCAGACGUUGACGUGGCAACGGGUGGCAAAAUGAGCAUCAAUUGAUAAUGACGAGAAAAAACAAAAAUCUUUUAUUUUUUAUCUUCCUAUUGAUUUAGUUUUUGCAGCAUAUAUAUCAAUAUAACCCCUUUAGUUUUUAUUUUUGUUCACAAAUACUCAAUUUUCCGAAAUGUAUUAUUUUCAAACAAUCCUAAUCAGGCUUUUGAUUCUGUGGAUGGAAGCAAGUCAUAUAUAUGGUGAAUUUGUAAUGCAUAAAGGUAUAGGCUCAUAUUUCGUGUAGGCUUAGCUACAGUGUCCCAUCUAUUAGGGAAAUGUUUUUCUUUUUCUGUUGAAUCCUUUCUUCGUAGCCAGCUUGGCAUUAUGUGUGUCAUGUAGCAAGCCAACAGCUGUUCUGGAAGACUCCAUCUUUUCCUCAAUUGUGCGAUUCUUCUCAAGAAAUGGACUUAGGUUGGUUUGGCCUUUGUAACCCUUGUAGUGCUGUAGAUUGUAGGGUUGUGAUGCCACGCCACUAGUAUUUGCUGGUCUUUUUUAUUACAUUACCCCACACGUGUUUGCUUUUCUGUGUGUGGUUAGAAGUUUGUUGAUAAGUUCACAUCCGACAGGAGAUUGAAAGCGCUAUAUUAAAUCAUGAAUAGGAUCGUGACAAAAUGAAAGAUGUUCAUUUCCACCCCUGAGUGUUCAUAGUGUUUUGUAAUGAAACCUGCAAAACUUGAAUUGAAUUUGUACGGCUCCAGCUCAGAUAUUUUCACCCGCUCUUCUUUCCAACUUGAGAAACGUAUGGAGGAAGCCAUUUUAGCUGCGUCAAAGGAGGUUGUCUCUGUCCCUUGUCUCUGUGAAGCAGGCCGCUAGUGAAAGUGAUCCACAGGGCUGGAGGUUGUGAUAGGGUUGGAGAGUUGACUGGAGGUUGUGAUAGGGUUGGAGAGUUGACUGCAGGGCUGGAGGUUGUGAUAGAGUUGAAGAAUUGGCUGGAGGUUGUGAUAGGGUUGGAGAAUUGGCUGGAGGUUGUGAUAGGGUUGGAGAAUUGGCUGGAGAGUUGACUGGAGGUUGUGAUAGGGUUGGAGAUUUGACUGCAGAGCUGGAGGUUGUGAUAGGGUUGGAGAGUUGACUGCAGGGCUGGAGGUUGUGAUAGGGUUGGAGAGUUGGCUGGAGGUUGUGAUAGGGUUGGAGAGUUGGCUGGAGGUUGUGAUAGGGUUGGAGAGUUGGCUGGAGGUUGUGAUAGGGUUGGAGAGUUGACUGCAGGGCUGGAGGUUGUGAUAGGGUUGGAGAGUUGACUGGAGGUUGUGAUAGGGUUGGAGAGUUGGCUGGAGGUUGUGAUAGGGUUGGAGAGUUGGCUGGAGGUUGUGAUAGGGUUGGAGAGUUGACUGCUGGAGGUUGUGAUAGGGUUGGAGAGUUGACUGCAGGGCUGGAGGUUGUGAUAGGGUUGGAGAGUUGACUGCAGAGCGCAUUGUCCUCUCAUUCAUUGUCCUCUGAGAAAAAUACCUUCAUCCUGUUAUUUCAUGCUAGUUGGUUUGAGAGGAAAAACCAAUGAGGGAGACUUGAGUCUAGUGACAGGGAUAUGCUACAACUACUUAAAGCCAUAUUCUGUUUUUAAUGCAUGUGGUUGUUUUGUAGGCUUAAGAUGUUUGCCCCCCCCCCCCCCCCUUCUCUGUAACCUCUGUGUUUACUUCCUCUACGAGUUUACUUUAUUCUGGUGGCUUUGGUCCCAAAAGUUGGGUUUCCUCUCAAAAUUUGUGUUUUGGUCCUGGCUAGGAAUCUGGGCCUGUGAGACAUUAUCUGGACUUACUCAGUUAGUAUGGGUUAGCAUCAGGGAUGCAUUUAUUAGCCGGAGUCUGUCGCAAAAAGUUUUGCAAUGAAACCUGUUUACUGUUUGGUUCCUAGAGUAAACCGGCAAAAUGGAACAAAACAGAGAGGACUACCUGAAUUUGUAUAAUAGAAACUCAUUUUCAUUGAUGUAAGUUUUACAUUUGCAACGGAAUCCGACUGAUGAAUACACUCCAGCGUUUGAACUCCUUUGUGCUGUUUGUUAAGAGUCCUCAUCACUUCCGCUGCUUUUAUACCAUUUUAACUGAAGCUUGUGGCCACAAUGACAAAUAAUGAAACCUGAUGUCGGCCUAAUCAAUGUUUUACAUCCACAUUUGGCAUUACAUGCUUGAUGACUGACGGUUGCCAUAGUUGUGCACUUUCAUGUGCUCUCGUUAAAACGCUAUGAGAUCUUGUGGAGGCUUCUGGAGAUGGCAUCUAGCUAGUCAAAACGCUAUGAGAUCUUGUGGAGGCUUCUGGAGAUAGCAUCUAGCUAGUCAAAACGCUAUGAGAUCCUGUGGAGGCUUCUGGAGAUGGCAUCUAGCUAGUCAAAACGCUAUGAGAUCUUGUGGAGGCUUCUGGAGAUAGCAUCUAGCUAGUCAAAACGCUAUGAGAUCCUGUGGAGGCUUCUGGAGAUAGCAUCUAGCUAGUCAAAACGCUAUGAGAUCUUGUGGAGGCUUCUGGAGAUGGCAUCUAGCUAGUCAAAACGCUAUGAGAUCUUGUG